AUGAAUGACUAAUCUCGGAAAAAUCUCAAGGAAUCCAGAAACACAUAUACUCAUAGAAGCAUCAAUGAUCUGGCUCUUAAGGAAAAUUUCAACUAUUCUAACUUGAGAGAGGAAGAUUUGAGGAGCUCGGCAAAUUAGAAUUCUUCAAUUUUGCAGAGAUCUCAGGACAUGAGCGCGCAUAAUCUAGAAUUCCUAAAAAAACUUGACUUCCAUCAGAACCAGAUCAAGAAGUAUGAAAACUUUCUCAAUGAUAUUAGGAAACUCAAUGGCACAUUUUAUCCUCAGAAACUUCAAGAGUAAAGCUAGGUAGAAACACAGCAAAACGCAAAUUUGAAUCAAACUGAGAUAAAAAGUCACAAGGCAUUUACCACUCCUUCAAGGACUGUAAGUGCUGGAGCAUCAAGAACUCAAAACUAAAAUGAAAGACUUUUGACUUCAUCAAGCGUGUUCAUUCAGAUGAGUGAUAAUAACCAAAAUAAACAAAGACAGGACAAGCAAGUGCCUAUGAUAACCAUUCCACCCUCUAAUUUAACCAUUUAAAUACCAUAAAAUAACAAUAAUUCAACAACUAAUAGCUACACUGCUAAUGGACUUAUUAGUUGUAUGCCAUCCUCAGGGGCUAAUACUCAGAGAUACAAUCAGAGUUCAUCUAGAUCAGCCUAUCAACAUUUCUCAAUUAAUCUGAAUCCUUGCCUACCAUUUACCCCCACAAAUAACAAUGAUUACACAUUAAAGAGCAGUAACAGUUCAACCCACAGACAAUUUGGAGGUGGAAGUUCUGUAGGACUGUUUAAUAAUAGAUAGUCAAGUAACUAAAGUACUUCCAGAAAGCUCGAUAAUAGUGAUAUUAGGAUUGUAUACACAAAGAAAGAAGAGCAGCUCACAAAGUCAAGAAUCAGUGAUCUAAAUUAAAGUCAAAAUGAUUAAGUAAGAAGAAGGACAGAUGAGAUGCCACUUCAAAUGAGUUCAAAGCCUGUGUCAGGCAGACCAUCCAUUCAGAAUUUAACUAGGAAAGAUUCUUCAGUUCACAGUGAGAGCACUAAUGAAAAUCAGCCUAUAACAAUUAAUAAGUUAACUUUCGAGCAAUUAGUGGAAAAAGAGAUGAAUAAACAAGAACCUGUUUACAAAAAUAUGCAAUCUGCUAAUUAAAAUAAUGAUGAAGUGGUUAUUUUCGAAGCUGAGGUCAGUGAAAUUAAAUAAAAAGAUGGAAGCAGUGCGCUGUCACUAGAGCACUUAAACAAUCUUGACUCAAUUAAAAUCAUCACCCCGAAACCCUUCCUUAAAAAAGGUGAAGGAUUUAUAAUUAAGAAAAUUGAUAACAAGAAUGAUUUUUUCAAAGAGUAAUCAGUCAGAAAAUCCCAGUCUUUGGAGUCUUAUGCUUCGCCAUAACAAAGAUCAAAGUCUUCUUGUAAGAUGAUGAAUAAGAAAACUAAAAAGCAAUAGAUUUUGCAGCAACUAAAUCAAGCGUAACAAAAGUCUCAAAGAUGUGGAAAUCAGACUAGAAAUACAAGUCAACCCACCAGGACUCUAUCAUAAAGUAACAGACCUAAAUCUUCUCAAAAACAACUUAAUACUGAGAGAAAGCAGCAAACUCCUUAAUAAAGUGCUAACUCAUCUAUUAUGUAACAGUCAUUCAAGAUUGAUAAUAGCAUGACUCUUAAUAAGUCAAUGAGUUCUCUAAAGAGCUUAAAUAGCUCACUAAUCAAGCAGAAUAAAACAACUAGAAAUAGACCAUCUGGUAAGCAGGCUAAUACUCUCUAUCAAAUUUCAGAAGGUGAAGAACUACUUGAUAACAUGAAGCAAGCUGAAAUCAUUAGAAUCGAGAAAGAGAUAGAAAAGCUUGCCAAGAAAAAGACCAUUUAAGAGAAGGAUGUAAGAUCAAAACUUGAAGUUCAUUUGAAAAUGAUCACACAGUUGAAGUCAGAGCUUAAAAAAAGGGAAAGUGAGGUUAAAGAAUCAUAGAAGAAAAUGAAAGAGAAAAUUGAGAUGCUCGAAAAAGAAAACAAUACACUCAAAAAAUAAUAGAAGUUACAGCAAACUCAAGUAUUAAAGGUGGUAAAGGAUAGUAAUGCUGAGAAUAAAAAUAAAAUUAAUCAAAUUCUUCAGCAAUCUUAGAUGAGUCAAAAUCACAGUGCUGCAAUUAUCAAAAAACAUAAUUUUAACCCACCUGAGAUUACUUAAUCCAAAACCACUACUAAUAAAACUACUAACGCAGUAAGAAAAAGUUCAAAGAACCAAAUUACUUCUUAAAAAUCUUAGAGCCAAUCCCUUGGGGCUAAACUUAGAGGAGCUAUUUAAAAGUAACAAAAAAGUCGACAAGCUAGCCCAACUCAUCCCUAUUUUGAGAACAAAACUAGCUUUGUUAGAGACUUCUAGAGAUCUCCAGUAGCAGAUAGAGCAGAUAGUGCUGCUAGCUUUGAGAGAAACGAGCGUAGAAUUAUUGAAGAGGGACUUGUCUAGAAACUAAAACUUGAUCCUAAAUAUUCACUUCAAAACCAAGAAAUUAAGUUUAAGACAUGGAAUGAGGAAGGUACAGUUGAAAUACUAUACACUGAUGAAACAAAGGAGUUCCAUAUGAGUAACGGUAUUAAGAAAAGAGUUUAUAAUGAUGGCUUGAUAAUACUAACAAUGCCAAAUAACGACAUCAAAGUUUGCUAACCAAACGGACAAUAAAGAAGCUUUUAUGCUGAGGAAAUUACUCUUGAUAGCUAGAACUAAAUUGAGAACAAAGAGAACAUUCCAUUAAUAGCUAGAGAAGAUCUUGACUAAUACGAAUCAUGA